GCCCUCUAUAUGAAAACGUUCGAUGCUCUGCAAAUCUUAUAUGAAGUAUAUGUCACAGUCACGUAUGAAAUACGGUAAACCGCGUAUGUGUUUAUGAACCUAUAUGCAAAAACUUAACGUAGUUUAUCACAGUUAAUUAUCGUAAAACUCGUGCGUAAUAACUAUCGUUACUCAUCAUAAGUUACGCACGAGACUUUUGCGGACUAUGCAGGAGUUUCCUUACGUGUUAUCAGAGUACGAGGAAAUAAAUCCUCUUCUUUACAAGCCUAUCAAUUCAACUCAACGAAUCAAGUAUACAUGUUUCAAUACGUCUUCCAGCUAUAUUGUAUUAGGUUCAACCAGUGGCAGUAUUUAUCUAUUUUCAAGGAAACCAUGCUCAUUUAUACAAUUAAUACCCUUAUCGGAAGGUGCAGUUUCUCGUAUUCUCAUAUCACCUGAUGAGAAAACAAUUGCCUUGACAACAAAUCGUGGUAUAGUUUGUCUAAUAGCUCUAAAAUCUAUUCCAAAAUUGAUAGCUAUAUCAACCGAGCACAUUCACAAACAAGUUAACUGCCUGUGUUGGAAUGAUAAUAGCUCUGAAGUAUAUAUUGGAGAUGGGCAUGGAAAAGUUUCUGUUAUGGCACUAUCUAUUUUUACGGUAAAUGGCAUGUUUCAAGCACCAACUUGUACAUUGAUGAAUUUAGAUUCAAGCAUUGUGCAACUUAAUUUCUUAUCACCUUUAUUAUUAGUGUCAACUUUGACUCGUUGUUACAUAUGUGAUACAAUACAGGAACAGUAUAAACAAAUAGGAAAUAAAGCACGGCAUGGAGAAUUUGGUGCCUGUUUCUAUAAAACAUGCCUUACACAGAAUAAGAGUGCUCCAGACAGCCAAAAGGAAGGGAAAGUAGUCAAUAAAAAGGGUUCCUUUAAUUUCAUUGCAGAAGGUAACAGUAAGAUACAAGAAGAAAAUUUUCCUCAAAUCUUUUGUGCUAGACCAGGAUCUAGACUUUGGGAAGUGUCUGCAAAUGGAAUAGUAAUGAAAACUCAUCAGUUUAAAGAAGCACUUGCUAUUCCACCUACAAUAAUAUGCAGGCCAAGCAUUAGAAAAUCUGUUUAUCAAAAGCAAGCAGAACAAACUUGGCUGCCACAAUCUAUUAAUUUCUCCUAUCUGUCUGUUAUUGGAGAGAAGUAUUUAUUUUCAUAUACUUCUACUGGCCUAUACAUUAUUGAUCCUCUGACUGCAACUGUGGUACUGUGGACUAAUGAAUUUUCAAAUAUAUCUUUAGCAGAAACUAUCGAGAAUAAAAUAUAUUUGAUGACCUCUGAUGGGGAAUUUCAUUGUUUAGUUUUAUAUUUCUUAGAUUCCUUAAUAUUACGAUUGUAUAAUAAAAAGAAAUAUUAUGAAUGUUUAGAGAUAUGCCUUAUGUAUAAACUACAAUUAAAAAAAUUAGUAAAUGAUACUGAGAUUAAUAAUGUUUGUGAUAUAGAGAAUAGGUUGCAGAUAUUUAGAGAUGAUGAAUUGUCAACAUUAUUACAUCCUUUAAUACUUUUGUUGGAAUCUAAUAUAAAAAUAAUUCCAAAAAAAUUAGAUUCGGGUAUUGUAGUCGUUAAUUGCGGAAAUUCAGACCUGAAAGAUGAGGAAAAUUUGGGGCUUCAUUCUAUAUCCUAUUGUUCUUUGCAAAAUAAUGAAAGGCUUUUUGAAACCGAAUUAAACAUAGAAAAAGAAAAAACAUCAACCAAUUUAUUGAAUGAUUCCGAUAAUAAAACGAAAAAGGAUGAAGACACGAAUUGCAAUACAGCCAAGGAAAUAGAAGAAGGUCAUGAUGAAACCAAAGAAAAAUUGAUUUUGAACAAAAAUGUAACACAAAGAAUACAAGCAGAUCUGGAAAUUAUAUAUACGGUAGUUGGUAAUAUUAAGCCUUCAAUGGACGAAGAAGACUUAGAAAAAAUAAUUUUAGAUAUAGAUUGGAGAAUGAAUGUUAUCAAAGAUUCAUAUGAAAAUGUAGAUGAACUAAAGAACUUUGUAUAUGAAGUAUUAAGAAGCGUAGAACUAUGUUAUUUCAAUGCUUUAUUAGAAAAUGUUUCAAUACAACUAAUACAAUCUACAGAUAAUGAAAAUAUUAUAAAACAAAUAAUAAAAGCUUUUGUUAAUGUAAAUGCACAAAGCUGCAGAAGAUGUACCUGUGGUAGUGUGUAUCCAACAAAUGAACUAAUAGAACCAAAGUUCCUGGGGAUUGGUAAAUCCCUUCUUAAGAAAAUGCUAGAUGAAUAUAAGGAGGAGUGUAUAAAUUUAUGUAACAAAGUACCUUAUAUGUGGCGAGAUUACUUGCCACUUUACAUAGAACAGCAUGGUAUAAUGACGAAUGAUCUAAUACGCCAUUGUCUUCAAACUAGAGAUAAUAUUAUAUUUUCCAUUUUUUUACCUUUAUUGGACGGGAAACAUUGGAACUAUAUAGCGACAUACGCGAAAGAAAUUCAAGAGGGACAGUGUCUGUUCUGUAGAAAGCCUAUAAAAAGAGGAAAUCACGAAGAAUGGAUAAACUGGACUGCUGUGAUAUAUGAAAUCAUGAAGAAACAGGGACCUGAUAUUGCCAUGACAUUAUUAAUAAAAUUAGAGAAAGCUAUUCCAAAUGUUCCUAUUGAUAGAAAUAUAUUUCAGUCAUUGGUAUUUACAAAACUUUUAUAUCAACAUGGGAUGAAGUAUGCCAUUAAUCUUAAUAAAAUUAAUUUGGAGUCAUCUGAAUACAAUACAAUAUGUUCUACAAAGAUUCGAGAUCAAGUGGCAGAAGUUCUUGAAAAAGACUUAAGUAAACCGAUUAAUAAAAAUAUUUUCGAGAAUGGGCCACAUCAUUGGGGAAUGCAUUAUCAGAAUAAAUUAUCUGCAUGUUCUUGCUGCACACUGUCCCUUCAAACACCAGUUCUAUUAGGUAAUAAUGGAAUCGCAAUAUUUGAUUGCGGCCACGCUUACCAUGUAAAUUGUAUGAUAGAAAAAAAACUCACUGCCUGUAAUCUUCAUUCUUAAUUGUACAUGCACAACAAGUAUAUACAAAUAAAUCUCGUAAAAGAAGAUACAAAUAUUAACAUGUAAA